AUGGGAUGUUCAAAUUUAUUCACUGGAAAUGACUUUAUAUGUGGUAAAAUUGAUAGUGAAGGUUGCCAACAAAAGAAUUCUUGGAUAAUGUCAGAUUACAACGAAAACCAGCCAUACCAAACAAAAUGCGAAUUUAAUUUUGCCAUGAAUAAUCCCAAAACUGGACAAAAUUUUAUUGAUUUGACAGAUUUAUUGCUAAAUGCGCCAGAUUAUAUAAAGUGGUUUAAGACGGAGUCUUGUAGUAGCUAUAGUGCUUUUCAUUCAACCCGUAGUUGUGUGGAAAAGAAGAAAAAUAAAUUUUAUUGUGGGCAUGAGACUAAUGAGGUAGGAUUUCUUAAAUUGGUUAGAACCAUAAAUACCUAUACGAAACUCCAAAAAUAUUUUCUAACGAAACAAAACGAAACUAAAAGGCUCCCGGAGAUUUGGGGAGUGGACAAUUGGGGAGUGGACAUUUGGGGAGUGGAUAAGUGGGGAGUGAGCGGACAUUUGGAGAGUGGAUUUUUGGGGAGUGGACUUUUGGGGAGUAGCCUAACGAUAAAAAUAAAAUAUCAAAUAGUUUUUAUCUUUUGUUUGUUUACAAACUUUCUUUCUUUUGUUUACAAAGAGAAAAUAAAUUGUUAA